CCGGCCGAGGUGCUACACGCCGUCCUCUGGUGUCCCGCCCGAGGGACCUUGCACGGGGCCAGGAUGGGGAAGACGACGGUCCCGACCUCCAAGCGCGCCCCGAGCAACCCCACGGCGCAGCCGGUGCUUGUCAAGAAGCUCACUCGGAAGAAAAACAAGAAGAAAAAACGGUUCUGGAAAAACGGCCCGCAGGAAGUGGGCAAGAAGCCGGGAAGCCACCCCAGGAAUGUUGCGGUGCGACCUCCGAAGGUUCCAGAAGACUUUUCUCAAAACUGGAAGGCGCUGCAGGAGGAUCUAAGCUGGACAGGACCAUGCCAGUGCCUCCCACAAAGUCAAGUGGAGCAGAGCUCAGUGAGAAAACCAAGAAAAGGACAAAUGGUGACAUUUCUCCAAAACGAGGGGACAUCAAACAUAAGAAGCGGAAAGCCAAGGACCUGGCCCCGGCCCCACCCACUAAGAGAAGAACUUGAAGUUGUUCAGAAGGAAGUAGCAGAGAUGCUGAAGGGCAGAGUUCUAGUUGGGCACGCUCUACACAACGACCUGAAGGUGCUGUUUCUUGAUCAUCCAAAAAAGAAUAUUCGGGACACACAGAAAUAUAAACCUUUCAAGAGUCAGGUGAAGAGUGGAAGACCAUCUUUGAAGCUACUUUCGGAGAAAAUCCUGGGGAUCAGGGUCCAGCAGGCAGAGCACUGUUCGAUUCAGGAUGCCCAGGCAGCGAUGAGACUGUACGUCCUGGUGAAGAAAGAGUGGGAGAGUAUGGCCCGAGACAGGCGCCUCCCGGUGGCCACUCCGAACAACAACAGCGAUGAUGCCUAGCAGCCCUGCGGCUGGUGCUGCCCCUCCUGCCGUUCUGUGGUGGUGGUGCCUGUGGUGCCUCGGCCCAGGGGCAGUGUGACUGCACCACAUGGACAGAUCAGGUCUCCCCAAAGCGGCAACUGUGGUGAAACAUUUUCAAAAUCAUGGCAGCAGAGGCGUGGCGUGCACAUUACUGCGUACCUUGUCCCACUCUGCGUUGGAGCCCUGGUCACACCAUAAUGUAUUUGGGGGCAGGAUGGACAGGGGUGGGGCAGGGGAAGAAGUCAGAGUUGUAUAUCCUGGGCACAGCCAGGGUGUGGGCCACAGGGACCGCUGGGGCCUGCCCCGUGGCUGCUGUUUGCCAAACAUGAGUGGGGAUGGGGUAUUGGGGCUCUCAGCCUACACUGACUGCACUGUCCCCCCACCCAUCUGAUGGGCUUGGACGGGACUUCCCCUGGUCCAGGGGCAGAAAGCACUCUGGGUGCUCAGCGCCUGCCUCUGCAGAGGCCACUUUCCCUCUCGUUGCCUUGGAUGAUGUAACACCCAAGGAUUUGAGGGACCCAGACUGGGUGUCUGCCGUCAGCUACUGAGAUGUGACUGGCCAGCACUGCGGUUGUCUCAUCUGGAGCAAGGCUCUCUGGGAAUGGGCAUCCUUUCUCCUGGUUGUCUGACUUGGCCCAGGCUGGGCUGGUGGGUUGGCCCCUCAGAAGCUUCUCCCAUACACGGGAAUGAGGUCUUAGUUGCCUGGGCACAGUGACUCGGUUACUCCUGGAGGCUGCUGACAUGCCGGCCUUGGGCUGUAGAAGCUAGAAGGAGCUGCAUGACUUCUCAUGGGCUAGCCUGUGGCUUUUUGGCCAGACUGUGUUUUGAGGAUCUUUCUGGGAAGUGGAGUCAAGAGUGGCUAGGGCUAGUUGCACUGACAAGCGAAUAAAGCCUCAGGCUUUAUGGAGCCUUCUGAUAGCUGUACAAAAAAGGUACAGAUGCACUGAAGGUGUUACUAUUUAAGAUAAAAGCACAUGUUGGCUUUGAAUGGA